AUGGCCGACGCUCCUGAUAGUCCCGUACCGCAGCAAGAAACUCCCGGAAGAUCACCUUUCCAGAAUGGUGUCAGAACAUCAGGCCGUGCUUUCAAUUCGCCCAACUGGCGCAUGAAGGGCGAAGAGAGCCCGAGCGCUCGGGACUCUGGAUCCCCCGGACCCAAGACAACUACCUCGAGACUCACAUUCGGCAAGCUCAACUCUCAAGUGCCCCCGGCCAUCUCUGAAGGUCGACGCCUCUAUGUCGGUAACAUGCCCUAUACAGCCAAGUCGGAGGAUGUGGAAGCACUGUUCACCGCGACGAAGUUCCCAAUUGAGCGUAUCGAUAUCGCCAUCGAUCCUUUCACGGGCCGCAAUCCUUCAUACUGUUUCGUGGAUUUGGACACAAAGGAAUCGGCAGAGCGAGCGAUGAACGAAUUAGAUGGCAGUGAUUUGCUCGGUCGUCCUGUCAAGAUCAAGCCAGGUGUCGCCAAAUCUGCAAGCGAGCGUGCUCAGCAACAACGCACCGAAGGUGCGCCUCGUGGCGACAGAACCAGCAGCAGCAGCAGCAGCAGCAGCCCAUUUGCUGCUGACCGCUGGCGCCGCAACGAUGCUCCUACCUUCCCCAAGGUCAAUAGCGACACCAGUCGUCGUGUAUACGUCGGUGGACUCCCAAAGGUGAUUGAUACCGAGGAGAUCACCACCAAAAUCACUGAUUUCUUCAAGGGAUACAAAGUUGAGAACGUCAGCAAAUUGUUUACUCCUCACCCUGCGAAGCGAUUUGAAGCUGGAGACCACUACUACCUCUUUGUUGAGUUCAGCAGCGUGGAAGAGGCCCAGACCGCCAUGGAUACCUUGAACGGCCAGCAGGGUCCUUGGGGCGGCAACCUCCGUGUGCAGAGAGCCCGAGGAGAAACCUAUAACUCCGAGGAAAGGAAAGCUAGAUGGUCAUCUACUCGAGGCGAUGCGAAUGAUGCACCGGUUACCGAUGAGGUUGCGGGAGACGUAUAA